GCAGCUGUCAAAGACGACCAAAAAUUUUCCACCGUCGUGCGACUGAUUUUCGUUCAAUAAUUAUUUGCUCAAAAUAAAAGCAAAAAGCUCAAAAGUGCAUCAAGAAAUCGAUGGUGGCUACAUCACGGAAGCCUACUGGGGUUUAAGGCAAACGGUUAACACUUAUCACGGAUCCAAGCAGGCCAAAACCAGUAACCGAAAAAAAUGAGAAGAAAUCGAAUAAGAAGACGAAGCAGAAGAAGAUGAAGAAGAGAAGAAAAGAAGAUGAUUGAAGAAGCAUCGUUGUUGCAUCUAGUGUGCUGUGCGUUGCAUCUAGUGUGCCGUUCUUGUUGGUCCUUCUGCAAAGACGAUGGCUCUUACUCAGUAGCAGCAUAAAUUUCAAGAUCGGAAUCACGGUUGAAAGUUAACGCUCCAUCACAUUAACUGGCCAGUUCGUUUGGCGAAGAAGAGUUCAAAAAUGAAAUCCCAAAAACGUACCUCCACUUUCUCUCGAAGUGAUUGCAAUCAAUAAGCUACUGCUGCUGCUGCUGCUGCUGCUGAUACUGCUACAACGGAGCAAUGAUACCGUUGCGCACAAGACGCGACCCCCUUUGGAGUCGUAUUCGGAGUCCCCAGGCGUCACUGGAGGAGCUGAUUGCGUCGCGCGUUUUGUUGAACACGAUUAAUGGCACACAUUUUCUGUUCCCUUCUUUCUUUUCCAUAUUUUCCAUUUUGUGGCGAAUCGACCGACACCGUACAUCGCGCAACACAGAGGAGGGCGAAGUGUUCCAAGUGAAGAAGUCCUCACACAGCAAGAAGGUGAUGAAGUCGCUCGACAAGGAGCGACGCCGGAAGCGUCACCUCGAAAAGAGCAACGGAACAACCACAACAACAGCAGGAGCAGCAACAUCAACAUCAUCAUUAUCAUCAUCAGGACCAAUCUCGUCGUCAUCAUCAGCGAUCCAUGGCACUAGUGCGUUGGAUGGUCCGGGAAACGGCCCACGGAACCGAUUUUCUUCCUCCUCUCCUCCCUCCUCGUCCUUGUCGCACGACAAGGGCAGUAAUGAUAAGAUAAAAAGAGAAAAGUGUGACCAUUCUAGCUCUAAUAUCCAAACAGAAAUACGCACAGACGACUUUGUGCUGGUGGUCAAGAAAUCGGAUCCCGAGAAUUUAAUACUAAAUGGUCGGGCCGCACUGUGCGCUGGACGGGAUGAUAUGUCAUCGGAAGACGAGGACACGCACGACGAUGAAUCGAGUGGACACCAGAAGGAACACCAACCGCACCAUCGGUUCUCGAAGCCGCAGGAUAACUUUAAGAUGUGCCUCGAAAACGGUGUCAUACCGGAUGCGGCCAUGAUUCAUGCGGCCCGCAAGCGACGCCAGAAGGCACGGGAACAGGGUGAAUUCAUUCCAGUCGAGGAACCGAAGGAGGACAAAAACAAGAAGCGAACGGUACAGGAAGACGGCGAUGGAGACGGUUCGGAUGAGGAUGACGAUCGGAUCGAUAUGUCGGCCAUAACCGGUGCCAAAGAGCGCGAGGAGCGCCGCGAGCAAUUUAACGCCAUCCAGCGGGAAGAUUCGGAUGCGGAAGAUUCGGAUAUCGAAACCAAGGAGUGGGAAAACCAACAGAUCCGCAAAGGUGUCACCGGUGCGCAGCUGGUGUCCGCACAGCAGGAAUCCAUUAUCUCGCAGUACUUAAUGCAAAGCAGUGGCCGACCGACUGGUAGCAGUGGCAAUGGACACUUUAGCCAAACAUUUCAAAACAAUUCCAACCGUCGCGGCAUACUGAACGAGCAUAGCGCCUCGGGAGAUGAUGAAGAUGGCACGCUGGCCGGAUUGCGGUCACUAACGACGGCGGAACUGCUCGAGCAAGCGUACGCUACGACCAGCGUCGGGCUGGCUAAACGAUUGGGACAAAGCAAACAAAGAUCCACCGGCAGUGCCGCCUCGAUGUCGUCCGCACCUUCAAAGGGAGGGAGCAACGAAACGAAACCAACCGGUCCCCGGAUGCCACAGCAAAUCCUAACACAGCUAACCGAGCGGCAUCGUGCCACGGUCGAGCUACACCAGAAGCACGCGGACGAUAUCGAACACAUCACGAAGGAGAUCAAGCUACUGCAGAUGGAUCAUCUGUCGUGCGAGCAGCGGGCACCGGUUGCGGCGGCCAAGUAUCGUUUCUACCAGGAGUUCCGCUGCUACGUCACCGAUCUGGUCGAGUGCCUGAACGAGAAGGUACCGCUCGUGGCGGCACUCGAGCAGCGUACGCUACAGCUAAUGGGCCGCCACUCGGCGAUGCUGAUCGAACGGCGCCGGCAGGAUGUGCGGGAUCAAGCGAAAGAAAUGGCCGAUGCCUGCAAAACCACGGCCAAACGGUUACCGGAUGAUCCGGAGCGGAUCCGUCGGGCGGCGGAACGUGAGGGACGUCGAACAAGGAGGCGACGGGAUCGGGAGAAGAACGAAACCUCCGACAGCCACUACGACGGUAUGUCGAGUGACGAUGAGAUUCCGGAUAUGGAGGCCGCUCGCUAUCGGGCCGCCCUACAGUCAGCCGAGCUGGAAGCGCGUGACAUCUUCUCGGACGCGGCCGAAGCGUACGGUGAGAUCGAGGGCAUUCUCGGGAAGUUCGAGCACUGGCGGGAUCAUGAUAUGCCCGCGUAUCGAGAUGCCUACGUUAGCCUGUGUCUACCGAAGAUUGUCGGACCGCUGAUCCGGUUACAGCACAUCACGUGGAAUCCACUGGUCCCAGCGGGGCUGGACUCCAAUGCGGCCGGUGGCGGUGGAGGCGCCACUGUGUCCGACUUCGAGCACGAAGAGUGGUUCCGUGCGGUGGCCCUGUACGGUUGUCGAUCGGAUAGUCCAAGUGAAGCCGAGCUGAAUGACGAUCCCGACGUACGGCUGCUACCGACGAUCGUUGAGAAGAUCUUCCUGCCCAAGCUGACGGCCCUGUGCGAACAGUACUGGGAUCCACUGUCGACGACACAAACGCUCCGUCUUGUGCGUUUGCUGAAGCGCCUCGUCCGGGAUUAUCCGUCGCUUCGGCUUACCUGCAAACCGCUGCGCGCCCUCUUCCAGGCGAUACUGGACAAAUUGAAGCAGUCCGUCGACAACGAUGUCUUCAUUCCGAUCUUCCCCAAGCAAGCCCAGGAAGCGAAAUCGUCCUUCUUCCAGCGACAGUUCUGCAGCGGGUUGAAGCUGUUCCGCAACAUCACCAGCUGGCAGGGCAUACUGGCCGACGGUGCGCUCAAGGAGCUCGCCAUCGGUUCACUGCUGAAUCGCUACCUGCUGAACGGUAUGCGUGUCUGCACCGCACCGGACGCCAUCGGGAAGGCGUCCACGAUCGUCUAUACGUUGCCACGCGUAUGGCUUGCGGCCGGUUCACCGGUCGUCCAAAGCAUGGACCAGUUCGUGACCAUGCUGCGCCACCUGGAAUCUCAGCUCGAACCGGCGGCAGCGAUAAAUGGGGAACUGAUCGAGCAAAUACGAAAGAUAUUGAGCAGCCUGCACGUACUGUCGGCGUAAAGUAAGUGAUCGCGCCGAUCGCACGCAGCCCCCCCCCCCGCGACUCCGUUUUCGACAUUUUUCCAGCGUUUUUUAAUGAAUCGUCGUUUGUAUGCCAAUGUAACAAAAAAAAAAAAAGAAACCCUUCGCCGAGCAAUAAAUGCAUAAAGCUUUGGAGC